CGAGAUAACGGGAACGUAACGAGAUCUGGAAAGAAAUGCAUAGAAUUUCUGUGAAUCUUGCAUACAUUUUACAAUUUUCUGCAUUUCACACUUAAAAUCAUAAACCGACAGCCACCCAUAAUUGAAGGAAAUUACUUCAUAGUUCUAAAAGAGGUGUGUAGGGGUGUGAGAUGAAUCCCUCAGAGGAGCAGUCAGUUGUGAAAGAGGGAUAUCUUUGGAAGAGAGGGGAACAUAUCAAGAAUUGGAGGAAAAGAUAUUUUAUCCUGAGGAAAGAUGGGUCAUUUUUGGGAUUUCGUGCAAAACCAGAUCAUGGUUUCAGUGAUCCUCUGAAUGAUUUUACUGUGAGAGAAUGUCAGUUGAUGAAACAGGAGAAGCCACGUUCUAACACAUUCUUAAUAAGAGGUCUACAGUGGACUACAAUUGUGGAACGUAUGUUCUGUGUAGAAAGUCCCGAGGAAAGGGAAGAUUGGAUGCAGGCAAUCAGAUCAGUGUCAGAAAAUCUAAAAAUGAUAGACGAGGAGAGUGGCGGGGCAGCUAGUAGCAACAGUCUAGAGAAAGCAAAGAAGAAAGUGAGCCUGGAUGACUUCCAGUUCUUGAAAAUGUUGGGUAAAGGAACAUUUGGCAAAGUGAUUUUGUGUAAAGAAAAGUCAACAAGCCAUUUGUAUGCAAUCAAAAUUUUAAAGAAGGCUGUGAUAAUACAAAAGGAUGAGGUUGCACAUACUUUAACAGAGAACAGAGUAUUACAAACAACAAAACAUCCGUUCUUAACUCAACUGAAGUAUUCAUUUCAAACCCCAGACAGAUUAUGUUUUGUGAUGGAGUAUGUGAAUGGUGGGGAGUUGUUUUUCCAUUUAUCUCGAGAACGGGUAUUUGCCGAGGAGAGGACCAAGUUUUACGGAGCAGAAAUUAUUUCUGCUUUAGGAUAUCUUCAUGAAAAUAAUAUUGUCUAUAGAGAUUUAAAGCUGGAAAACUUGUUAUUAGACAAAGAUGGUCAUAUAAAGAUAGCUGAUUUUGGGCUAUGUAAAGAGGAGAUGUUUUUUGGGGCCAGUACUAAAACAUUCUGUGGUACUCCAGAGUAUCUAGCACCAGAGGUAUUAGAAGAUAAUGACUAUGGUCGUGCAGUAGAUUGGUGGGGUACUGGUGUUGUCAUGUAUGAAAUGAUGUGUGGUAGACUUCCAUUCUAUAACAGAGAUCAUGAUGUGUUGUUUGAACUUAUAUUAUUACAACAAGUGAAAUUCCCUAGGACAUUAUCAGAAGAUGCUAAAAGUUUACUAGGUGGAAUGCUGGUCAAAAAUCCAAAAGAAAGAUUGGGAGGCGGUGAAGCAGAUGUCAAAGAUCUCAUGGCUCAUCCAUUCUUCAAAAAUAUAAACUGGCAGGAUUUAGUUGAGAAAAAGGUCCCACCCCCUUUCAAGCCCCAGGUGACCUCAGAGACUGACACUCGCUACUUUGACGACACUUUUACUGCGGAGCCAGUCAGCCUGACGCCACCACAAGCCUCUCAUGUACUGGAGAGUAUCGAUGAAGAGACAAUGGAUACAGGAAUGCCGUAUUUUGAACAGUUUUCGUAUCAUGGGAGCAAAUCUAGUUUGGCGUCUAGUGUAAUGAGUUUUGAAACUACAUGGUCAGCAUGAGAAGCUUUUGAUACGCAAGAAGAUGUUCAAGUUUUGACAAAGGAUGUUUGCAUGCAUGUAAAAAUAAGAUUUUGUCAGAAUAUCGUGUAAAAUGAUGAAAUUAUUGGGAUUUUUUUCUCACAUAGAUUGAAGACUUGAUUAAUUAUGAAAUGGAAAUUUUGUUUAUGAAAAUUUCGUUAAUGAAAUUUUAACAAUUUUAUGAUUUGAAUAAGACAUGUUUUCAACAUGUUCUUUUUUAUGCAUAUGUAUAAAUGUAAAUUUGAUGAAACUAAAGUUGCAUUCAGUUAUGAACAGAAGCAAAAACUGUGUCUGAUUUUGAUAUUAUAAUGUAUUAUUAAAUCCCUUCUUGAUAAGAAAGAGUAAGAGUUAAAAAAAGAAAACUUCAAAAAUUUAUGAGAUUUUGGUCGUUUCAAUUAAGAAUCUAUUAUCAGUUUUUACUACUCUUUAGCUUUCAAUUGAAAAAAAAGCAAAUCCGUUUUUUUUUUCAAGUCUUAGAAUAGGAAUUAUAUAUUGUUAUGAAUUGUAGAUUUGUGCAUGAAUAUUGUUGUUGGCCAGUGAAUAUCAAGACAUGUACAACAAAUACAUUGUUCAUUGUGGUGAUAUUAUUUUAAGCAUCUACUCUGUAUUGUUAAAUGUCCAUCCAGUUUUCUGUGUUUUCACCACAUGAAUAUAAUUAUAUAUUAAAAACACACAUUUUAUUACAGUAUAUUUUGAAUAUAAAAAAUUAAGUUGUAAAAUUUACAACAAUCAUAUUUUCAGGUAAUAUAAUAUUUUUUGCUUUUAACUUAGAAAAGCUUUUUUUAAAUUGGGAUUAUUUUUUCUUAUUGUUAACUGUAAUUAGACAAAAACAUGAAUAAGAAAGAAGUUAUUUUACAUUGUUCAUGCCUUAUAAAAUUUAAUAUGCUCUUGCAAAUGGCUAAACGGCUAAUGGAACUAAUGUUUUUCCAUAGUGCAUUGAUCAUUUGAAUGAAUUUAAGUGCAAAAACAAUUUUCAAAAUUCAGUUUUAACAUGCUUUAGUAUUAUUUUUGUAUAUUACCUCUAGUGUUUUUUUUUUGUAAAUCCAUUAAGCAAUACAUUUUAUAUACCAUUUUUUAAGCCAACAUAGUUUACAGAUUAAAUUUUGAAUUUAUAAGGUAGUCAUUCCUUAAUGACAAUCAUCAAUGACUGUAUUAAAAUGUAUGAUGAUGCAAUAUAUGCAUACCCCACCCACUGCUGUAUCAACUAACAUGUGAUUAAUAGUUAAAUAUCAGAAGUCUACGUCCAUCAUAAGGUCGUAAAAAAUUGGCAUUUUCUUCACUUUUCAUGUUUUAUAUACAUGUAUAAAGAUCAUCAAUUUGCCAAGGUCCUACCAAUCUUGUCUGUUGACAACAUUCUGGAUACAUAAAAAAAUACAAACAUUUUAAGAAGUUUGGCAGAUUUUUUAUGAUCUGUUGAUGGAUGGAAUAAGUUUAAAGCCAUGGUUGAUAGUCUAAAAGACAUAGUGAUGUAAAUGAUAGAGAGACACAAGAAGGUAUGGUGCCUUGAACAGGCCAAAAUAUUACAAAUUUACCUCAUUUUGCUGAUUUAUAUGCUUACCGACUGCUAAAAUUUUAGAUGGUUUAUUUUCAUGAUAGUGCUUAGAUGCUAUGUUUGUAAAUAAGUGUAUAAAUUAGAUGGAAUAUACAUUUAUAAUAUGGUGAUUACAAGCAGCAAAAUGAAUGGCCGCUCCCAUUAUCAUUCAUUGUAUUAUAUAUUCCCCUUAUAUUUUAGUUGUGUUUUAUAGUUAGGUUUUGAAUUUGACAAAAGUGCUAAAUUAAAUGUUGUAUGUUAAGUUUUAGGGCCAAUGUCAUUGAAAGAUUUUGUGUUGCUAGUGUUACUGUCCUUGAAUUACGACAACUUGAAGGGGUGAAAAAAGGCAAGAGUUGUGGCCUUUGUUUUAUGGGUUACUGCUUAUAGACUUUAAAUUGGUAACUUGAUGAAGUCAUAUUAAUUAAGCAUUUUGGUGAUACAAAAGUUACAUCCCAUUAAUGAAGACAAUCUGAAAGGUCAAGGCUAUUGAUAAUUGUAAGAGUUAUGUUCCUUGAUAAAAGAAAAGUAACAGGCAAAAAUUAGUCUAAUUUUUUUUUUGUGGUGAGACUUGCAUGUACAUGGUUGUCAUAAUAUUAUGAAUGAUUAUUUAUUGAAAUCAAAUCAGGUCAUACGAAAUUUUUUGAUUCAAAGUUUAUUUUUAAGCAAGAUUUGAUUUUGUUUUUGCAGAAUGCUAAUACAUUUAAUGAUAUUAUUGCAUGGUUUUCAUGAAAAUUAGGUACUCAUGGCCUUGUUAUUCAAUAAUUACAUGACUUUUCACUUUAGAUUGGUUAUUUCAGGGACAUACCACCUCAAAAUAACUAGAUAAUUAUUGUAUUGUAUGAAAUGUCAUACUGUUUGUAUAUAAUAUAACAUUAUUUAAAUAACAUUGAGACGUAUUUGAGAAUGUUAACUGAGUCGUAAAAGAUCAUCUAGAAUUGUACAUGAAGGGUUAUUUUCAUAUCUUGUUACAUAUUAUAUUGUUGCAUUUGUACAUGAUCAUUAAGAAUGCUGGCAUAAUUAUUCCCAUUUAUUUUUAUUUUUUGCGUCCCCACUUCAAAAAUCAAGGCUUUUACAUUUUCCAUUGCGAAACUAAAUCUAAAUAUCUGAUCUAAUCUUUUAGAAUUAGUUGACAGCAUUGGAUGUCAGUAUAUAUAAAUUUUUUUACCCGUUAUAUAAUUAACGUUUUGACAUGAGGAAAGAAUGCGUUACACAAGUGUCUGGGUUAAUAAUACUAAACAAAAUCAGUGAAUCAUUUUCUGUUAUCUAUCUUAAGUAAAUCUAGAACAUUAUUUUUAGGUUUCUGUUAAUUUUUCAGAUAUUUAUUAGGCGUCCAAUCACUUUAUGGCUGAUUCUUAACUCUACAUAUAGAAAUAUAACUUGGGAAUUAUCAAAUUAUUAUUAAGAGGAUAUGCCCCCGCAAGUGAAAAUAUGUGGCAUUUUAUCAUGUUGAGUGAAAAUAUAUACCAUAUUUCACGAAAAACGAAAAAUUUACCUUUUUAUUUAAUUUCAUUAUCAAAGAAAAAUGGUUCAGAACCCCCUUGCUUGCUACGCAACUGUAAUUGUACAGCGCGCAGUAAUAUUAUUAUUGUCUUGUUUUGCACAUGAUAUUUAGCGCUAAAUUGUGACGUCACAUAAACAACUCUUUAAACCUGUUUGUACAGCGUUAAUGACUGAAGUAAAGAUAUUGGUGUUCGAAUUUAUUUUCUUAGACCAUUUUCUAGAUAGUUUUCAAAACAAAAUUCAACAAAAAGUUGUUUUGUAUUUAUCAGAUUUUUUCAAACGAAAUGGCGAAAGAAGUCCUUAAAAUAAAUAUGAGUUUUCACUCCGCCCACUUUCAUAUUUAUAUUUCAUAUUUAUUUUUAAAAAAUAUGAAAUAUAUUUGACUGAUAUAGCACCAUAUUUCAUGGGUAAAAUUAAAUAAAAUCUGACCUUUUCCCUUUUCAAUUGGAAUAUAAAACAUACAAAUAUCCAAUAAUGAUUUAGAAUUUCUGAGAAUCUAAGGAUGAUAAUAAAUAAACACUAUAAACUGAAAAUAUAUAGUUAUUUCAUAAUAACAUGACUAUUUAAAUGUGUGGGCGUCUUGGGCUCUUUAAUUUGUGUAACAGGCCUGCUUAAAACAAAGAGCUUUGUAACGUUAUCUUUAUUUUCUCCCAAAAUAUAACUCCUAUAAUAGAUUUGUAUGGGUUAUAUUCUGGAAUAGUUUAAGACCUUGUUACAAACCAGCUUGGCUUUAAGUACUGCACAGGUUACUUUGUUACGUGUCUGCUGGACAGAUGAUUUAGUUUGUAUACAUGCUUUGUAAUACCUUUAUGUUAACUUGAUAUAAUGCUUGUGAACUGAGUUUUUAAUAUGUAGCACUGUUGACUUUUCUCUGGUUUUGGAUUUGUAUACUUAUUAUUUACAUUGUGCUUUAAGAGAUAAGUUUGAAUUGAUAGAAUUCUUACAUAUAAAUUGUAUAUUUUUACAUAAUCUCUAGUACAGAGACUUUCAUUAACUAUGUGACAACUUUUCUUUUAAUAUUUUAAGCUAAGUGAUAAAUGGUGGUGUAGAGCAUUGAAUGUUUACAAAAAAGCCACUGCUUUGAAUUUCGAAUCUGAUACAGGGUUUCAUCUGAACUUCCUAGUCAAGGAUUAAGGUUUAGCUAUUUUUAUUCCUGGAAACACUAGAUCAGUGUAGGGUUUCUUGCAUAUCAGACAGUUAUAUCUACUGGGCAUAUCGGUGCUAGAAAAAACUGUCUAACACUCCCCGUAUAAAAUGAUGUCAUUUCCGCAUGCCAUCGUGAAUGAAUUGCUUUCUUAGAAUAACGUCAUUUGACCGUUAUAAAUGAAGCUGUAAAUUCAUGCACGCUUAAUGAAAAUAAUUGUUUUGUAAUUUCCUUCAGAAAUAAGAUUAAUAUGUUAUAUGCAAGAAAAAGAAUCAAACAACGGCUUUCGUUACAGAGUGGAAUAUCUAGCUCUCCAUAACUGUUUAGCAGAAGCUUGGUACAGUCUCGUUGCCUCCAUAAACAGUUAUCCUCAAGCUAGAUAUUCCGGUGUGUACCGGUAGCUAGUGUAAGAUCCUUACAGUAUUCCCUGCAUCAUUAGAUCAGUGUGAGGUGUAUAUCUUUAUUGUCCUGUCUUUGUGUUGGCAGACAACUUUUAGCUUGACAUUAUUUUACAUGCUGGCAAUAUGAUACUAAAAUUGAAUGGCCUCUGAAGUCAAAUAAAAAAAAAAUCAGUAAAUUUGUCUUCAGCUGAUAAUUAUAAAUAGAUUUGGACUGGGACUACAUAUGUUGUGAAUACAUGCUGUUCUGUAAGAUAUCGCCAUAAAAUUUACAAUUAACAUGUAUACAUGAUGUCAUAAUUUCAUACUCCCUCCACCUGCUAGGUUAAUUAUGUUACAUUGUCUGUACAAGCAUCAUAGUCUUUGUUGUUGAUUUUUAUUAGGAUGGAAAUUAAAGAAAAGUUAGUUGAAAUUAAUGAUUUCUAACAUCACUUUGAUAAUCAUGUAUAAAUUAAUUAUAAAAUCAUUAUAUUUUGUUGUGUUGUUACAUUAUCCAGACAUUUUCAUUUCAUAUACAACUGUAUUUGUGAAAUAUGGUAGCAAUGAAGAUUUUUUUUUUAUUUUCAGUGUACAUAGUAUAUUUGCUGAAGUCAGUUUUUUUUCAAAACACAAAUGUGAAAUUAAAACUUGAUAAAAUUUCUUUUAUAUCAUUCAUUAUUAUUUUGUUCAGUUUAACUGGAAUCAACUAAUUGUUCUCAUAUAGCAUGUAAUAAGUAGUCAGGUAAUUGGUGAUUUAGAAUGGAAUCAUAAUAUACUGUUAUUGUUUUUCUUUUCUUUUUUCUUUUUUUUCCCAAUUGUUAAGUCCUUAAGCUUGUCUGAUAAAGAUUGCUUCAUUAAGAAAAAAGGUAAAAAAAGAAAGAGUGUAGUGUACCACCAAAGAUCAUCUGGUCAAUUUCCAAAUGAGAUGAGAUUCAUUUUAAGCUUGUUACAUCUACACAGUACACUGUUGCAAGUAGUGGUUAGAUCACCCAGGAAGGAAUCAUCUUACAAAGCCCUUAUUUCUGGGUUUCUAAUGAGCUGAUUUUGCUUACUAUACAUAGAAUUAGAUUUUUAUUUAUUUCAUUUUUUUCUUUCCAUUCAAUGAGAAUGAAGAAAUUUAAUUAUAAUGUGUUUGAAAUUUUUACUACACAGAUAUCUAAUACAUGUGAAAAUGUCAAGAACAUUGUACUAAUGUUAAUAUGUAUAGUUUCAAAUGUGUAUUAGUUUUUUAUGUUCAAAUUAUAGAGCUUUCUUUUCAUACAAUUAUAGGUCUAGAACUACAUUGUAAACUUUGCUUUUGAUUACAUUUUCAUGCCCUCUUUUUCUGUUAUCAUUGGCUAGAUUAAUAUAAUUCAUAUGAGUCUCCAUGACUAGAUGGUUAAUGUCACUGACUUUGCUUGUAUCUGUUGAGGGUUUGUAUCCUACCAGAGACCAUGGAUUCUUUCAUGUGAGAAAGCAAUCCAGCUAGCUCACAGAAUGUCAGUGGUUCUACUCAGAUACUCGGUUGUGCUGAAAUGCUUCACAGAGGGGCCCCUGAGGUCUUCCUCCACCAGUAAAGCUGGAAAAUCACCAUAUGACCUUGAUUUAAAACUCAACCAACAAAAGUUAAAUUCUGAAAUAAAAAUUACCUUUUGAUAUUGCAAGUUAUUUAAUUAUAUCUUCUUGUUUUUCUUCAAUUUAAUGUGUUGAAUAAUUCUUAAAUGAAAAUUUUUCUAUAUUUGUUAGGAUUUUUCACAUUUCAGUUUUUAAUCAAAUUUUAAAUUGAAUAUUAUGAGACUGUUAUAGCAAUAAGAAUAUAGGUGUUUAUCAUGAAUUGUUUUGUGAUGUGGUUGUAUAUGUGAAGUAUACAGGUAAAGUGAUCAUCAUCUACUAAUUAUUGUUAUCUUGUGUGAUUUUGUUGGACGUGUACCUGGUACAUACAUAAUACAUCAUGAUUAUUAUAAAUCUU